AUGAGGCAAAUCGCUUUUGUUAUCCUAAUCGCAAUUCACUUUAGUGCCCAAUGUAUAGUAACAAAAUUCGAAGAUGUCGAAGAAGCCUUAAAAUGCCCACAAAUAAUCCUGGACAAUUUACACGUGCCAGCAGGUUUGACGCUAAAACUAAACUUAACAGAUAAGGCUGAAGUGGUUUUUAGGGGCAACAUUUCCUUUGGUUUCAAACAUUGGGAUGGGCCUUUAGUUACCAUCAAUGGCACUGGAAUUAUUGUAAGAGGAGAAUCUAAUUCUGUCCUAGAUGGUUUAGGCCAAUCUUAUUGGGACGGCCAAGGGGGCUGGAGCAAUUCAAAGCCUCAAUUUUUCACUAUUCAGGCAUUUGGAGGCUCUAUUUUUAGAGACAUUCGUAUUAUAAACACACCUAAAGAUGUCGUACAAAUAACCAAUUCUGAUAGGGUUGAAUUUGCAAAUUGGUUCAUAGAUGAUUCAUUGGGAGAUCCUGGUAUUGCCCCAAAAGGCCAGGAAGGUCACAACACUGACGCUUUUGAUGUUUGGAAUUCUACUAAUGUUGUAAUCAGGGAUUCGGUUGUUUAUAAUCAAGAUGAUUGUGUUGCUUUGAGAUGUGGUUCAAAUAUCUCAGUUUCAAACUUAUAUUGCCAUGGGAGUCAUGGUUUAAGCAUUUCAGUAGGCUUUAGUAAUGAUUCUGUAGCAUUAAACACCAUUAGAAAUGUAAGUUUCUCAAAUUCCAUCUUGGAUGGUGGUAGAAAUGGUAUUCAUAUAAAAACCCACAUUGAUGGUGGCUUUGGUAAUAUUACUGGGGUAAUUUAUAGUAAUAUUACCAUAAAAGAUAUCCAAUAUAAUGGUAUUCUUAUUGAACAAAACUACAAAAACAGCCCACCAAAAAAUGCCACAUUUGAAGCACAAGAGCCCAGAAAUAAUGUACCAAUAAGAGAUUUAAUAUUAGUUGACGUCACUGGUAGUGUAACCAAAAAUGCAAUACCAAUUGAAAUUGUUUGUGCAGAUGAAGGUUGUUUUGGUUGGAGAUGGUUUGGAGUUAAAGUAGAAGGUGGAAAAAACAACAACUGCAAUUUUGAACCACACGGAUUUAUUUGUUAA